AACAUACUCAUGUCGCCAUUUAAUUUUGGAUACGUCGGCUGCGAACUACGCGUAGUCCAUCAAAUUUCCGCACAGUCCUCAUAGAAAGCAUCGUAUCCUCUAAAAUGAGCAAGCCAAUGAAUCUGUUGAUCAGCGUCGGUUUUAGGAAAUGGUGCUACAAUAUCAGCGGAUUUAAUCAAUUAGGUUUAAUGGCGAAUGAUUUAUUGAACGAUGCAAUCCAUUCGGAUGUAGCAGAAGCAUUGAGACGCCUUCCUCAGGAAAUUAUAGAUCAACGUAAUUUCCGUUUAGUGAGAGCCCAACAGUUGAGUGCUUGUCAUAGAAUCUUGCCCAAAGAACAGUGGACUAAGUACGAAGAGGAUGUAGAGUAUCUUAGGCCGUAUCUCGACGAAGUUCAAAAAGAGAUAGAGGAGAAAAAGAGAUGGGAAGAGUCAUAAAAUGUAAUUUAGCUUAUGGUUACUAUAGUAAUGGAACAAAGAUUCUCCGUUCUUUAAUGCACAUUUCAUGAAGAAGAGCUGGUUUGUACAUAUUAAGAUGAAUAGAGAUUAAAUAAAUUAAAUUCGUUUGUUCGAAA